CAACUCUUCUGCCAUCAUCGCGUUCAUGAGUUCUGCGAGGGAACAACGAAGUGAACUAUGGCCACAAAACAGGAAUUCCGUGACAGAAUUCUCAAAAAUAAGGUCUUCCUCUUGGAGACUUUAUGUGAAGAGGCCGACAUCAUCAUGCAGCAUGUGCAGCAGGAUAAGCUUCUUACUCCGCGUGAGUACAGGAACCUCAGAGAUGUCCAAAACAGAGAGAAGAUGAUCAUCGACCUACUUGACAAACUCAUGAGCAAGGGAGACGAAACCUGUUGCAAAUUCAUAGACCUUUUAAGACAAGACAGUAUGUUGGAGACUUUUCCGAUGUUGAAGUGUCAUGCCAUUUUUGCUCCCUCAGCCAAGGCACAGGACACCAGCCUGAAAUAUCCACUGCAGGAGACCUCGGAGCUGGGGCAAUACAAAAUAACGCAGAUUCCACGCGGUAUCUGUGUAAUCUUCAACAAUGUACAUUUUGCAACCAUGAAGGAAAGGAUGGGAUCAGAUGAGGACCAAAAAUCUCUCGACAAAAUUUUCCGCUGGUUGGCGUUUGAGGUGGUGGUGCACAGAGAUAAAACUGCUGCUGAAAUGAGGGAUCUCCUGAAGGACUUGGGCAAAACAGUAGAUGGAGACUGCUUCAUAUGCUGCGUCCUCAGCCAUGGCAGCAAUGACGGAGUCUAUGGAACUGAUGGUGGUGUUGUUUCUGUUGAUGAAAUACGUGAACCUUUCAAUGGCAUUAACUGCCAGAGGCUAGCUGGCAAGCCCAAAGUGUUUUUCAUACAGGCAUGUCGUGGAAAUAAGAAACAAAGGCUUGUGAACGUCCAAGCAGAUGAUCCAGAAGGAGCAGAAUCAGAGAGUGAAGUGGAUGCUGACAGCUUUGAAAUCUCAAUCCCAGCCGAUUCAGAUUUCCUUAUUGCCAGGUCAACCACUGACGGUCACUACUCUUACAGAAGGCCAGAAAAAGGCUCCUGGUUUAUUCAGUCCCUUUGCCAACAGCUAAAGAUUCAUUGUCCACAGGGUACAGACUUACAGACAAUCCUGCUUUGCGUGAAUGAUGACGUCAGCCGUCAGGGAAUUUCUUGCAAACAGAUGCCUGUCCAGGAAGUCGCAAUGAGGAAGAAACUAAUUCUUCCUGUGCCUGGUUCAGAGUAAUGAAACCUCCUGGUGUGCAUACUGUGUAAUGCCAUAAUGGUGAUCGUGAUAUGUAAUUUGGCUAGAUGAAACAUUUUUUAUCUUUUCUAAUCUGACUCAUGUUUUUGUAAAUUCACUUAUGAGGGAAUCUCGGGAAAAACUGAACUCUUAAUGUAAAUGCAAACCCAAUAGCUGAGCCUUUGUGAAAGUGUUUUUAAAAGUAGUCAUUUUUUUACAAAUCAGGACCAGAACUGUUUACAUAAAGGGAAUCAUGAGCCAUAUGAGACCUUUUUAAAAAAAAAAAAAAAAAAAAUCAUUUUAUAAUGGUAAACAAUACCAUUUUUAUUUUUUUAUUUUUUUUUACAAAUGUUCUUUAUUAACCUGUUGAUGCAAUUACCUGUUGAUAAAUAAAAAAGUCAUCCAAUUG